AACAAACACAGACACACUCCAGUGAAAGACCAACAACAACCACUUUCAAUAGUCUCCUCCUCUUUUACGAGAGAUCAUAUAUAUGGCUUCUUCCUCUGAUUUCGAUGGAAUCCUCUUGGGAAUGGGCAACCCACUCCUCGACGUCUCCGCCGUCGUCGACCAAGACUUUCUCACCAAAUACGACAUUAAGUUGAACAAUGCGAUCCUCGCCGAGGACAAACAUUUGCCCAUGUACGAUGAAAUGAGCCAGAAGUUCAAUGUUGAAUACAUUGCUGGAGGUGCUACUCAGAACUCAAUCAAAGUGGCUCAGUGGAUGCUUCAAAUCCCUGGGGCAACUAGUUACAUGGGAUCCAUUGGGAAGGACAAAUACGGCGAGGCCAUGAAGAAGGAUGCUACAGCAGCUGGUGUCAAUGUCCAUUAUUAUGAAGAUGAGUCGACAGCUACUGGCACUUGCGGUGUCUGCGUUUUGGGUGGAGAAAGGUCUCUUAUCGCGAAUCUCUCUGCUGCAAACUGUUACAAGGUUGAACACCUAAAAAAGCAUGAGAACUGGGCUCUAGUUGAGAAGGCCAAGUUCUACUACAUUGCUGGAUUCUUCCUCACGGUAUCACCAGAGUCCAUUCAGUUAGUACGUGAACAUGCCGCUGCAAACAACAAGGUGUUCACGAUGAAUCUUUCUGCUCCAUUCAUCUGUGAAUUCUUCAAAGACGUUCAGGAGAAGUGCCUUCCGUACAUGGACUAUGUUUUUGGCAAUGAGACCGAGGCAAGAACCUUCUCUAGGGUUCACGGCUGGGAGACGGAUGAUGUUGAGCAAAUAGCCAUCAAGAUCUCUCAGUUGCCUAAAGCCACUGGAACAUACAAGAGGACUACUGUGAUCACACAAGGCGCAGAUCCUGUGGUUGUCGCUGAGGAUGGAAAAGUGAAGAAGUACCCAGUCAUCCAUCUCCCCAAGGAGAAGCUCGUUGACACUAACGGUGCAGGUGAUGCGUUUGUGGGAGGGUUUCUUUCGCAUCUGGUGCACGGAAAGGCUAUUGAGGAGUGCGUGAGGGCUGGAUGCUACGCUUCAAACGUAGUGAUCCAGAGGUCUGGUUGCACUUACCCUGAGAAACCUGACUUCAACUAAAAUGGAAAGUCUCUCAAAUCAAAUACUUUUUAGUUUUUUUUUUUGUGAUAAGAGACAUGUCCUAAAUAUAAAUAAACAUCAUUGCUGCUUCCUUGUAUCACCUCCUUUGAGCUAUUGAGUGCUCUUUUUUUGGCUUGUU